AUGUUUUUAUCACUUUAUAAACUUGCUAAAGUUUGUACUCAAAUCGGAGCGUCAAUAGCAGUGUUAGUUCUUGUGGGACUUUACACAUAUCAAAGCAGUUUAAUAUAUCCAGCCUCAUUAAACGACGGUCAUGGAUAUUGUGCAACACCAGAUGAAUAUGACAUGCCAUAUGAAUUGGUAAAUUUAAAGACCGAGGAUGGGGAAACAUUACAAUGUUAUCUGUUGAAACAGGAUCCACAAAGUGCAUCAUAUUCAAAUAAAACAGUAUUGAUUUUAUCCCCAAAUGCCGGCAAUAUCGGACAUGCCUUGCCAAUAGUAUCUAUUUUUUACAAGAACUUUGGAUAUAAUGUUUUCAUUUAUAGUUAUAGAGGAUAUGGUAAGUCUACCGGCACACCAAGUGAAAAGGGAUUGAAAUUGGAUGCUGAUAGAGUAAUGGAAUAUUUAACUAAAGAAGACAGUCAAUAUCAACAAUCAUCAUUGAUAUUAUACGGUAGAUCAUUAGGUGGAGCGGUGGCUAUUUAUAUAGCAGCUACCAAAUCGGCAUCUAUUCAUGCAUUGAUUUUGGAAAAUACAUUUUUAUCGAUUAGAAAAACAGUACCACAUGUUUUCCCAUUGUUGAAGUACAUUACAAUGUUUGUUCAUCAAACUUGGGAUCUGGAGAGUUUGGUUCCUUUGAUUUCAAAUAGCAUCCCGGUGUUAAUGUUGUCGGCAAGAAAGGAUGAAAUUGUUCCUCCAAAGCAUAUGGAUACAAUUUACCAAUUAAUGCCUAGCAAGAAUAAGGAGAAGAUUAAUUUUGAGAAUUCUGCUCACAACGACACUGUGUUGCAAGAAACAUAUUGGGAUACAAUACACUCUUUUAUUAAAAAUAAAGUAAAUCCAGUUGGGUUUUAG